AUGUUCGGCAUCACGAAGCCCAAGUUCGUCUUCUGCGAGAGCGACAAGGUGCCGGUCCUGCGAGAGGCGCUGCAGGUCCUCAAGAACGACGCCAAGAUCAUCGUCUUCGGCGACAGACUGGCCGAUUCGCUCCACAUCGAAGACUUUCUGGCUGACCCUGGAGAUUUAGGCGCUUUCAGCCCACCUGAAGUCGAUGACGACACCUGCGCUGUGAUCUUCUGCUCCUCAGGCACCACCGGAUUGCCCAAAGGCGUUCGCCUCAGUCACAGAAACUUGAAUUUCUUUGUUCCCUACGCAUACACAGAUCAGGUGAAGAAGCCUUACAAGAUGCUAUGUUUCACCUCCAUUUAUUGGGUUUCCGCGUUAUAUACACUUUAUAUUGGCUUGGGAGCACACACAAGGCUCUACACAACUGAACCUUAUUCAGACGAUCUCUUUUACGAGAUCGUGAAGAAGUAUCGUCCUGAAGUUCCCAUGACGGGACCUUUGGCUCUAAAUGGACUCUUCAAUCAUCCCUCACUCGAAGUGAGUGAUCUGGACUGCAUAAGGGUGUAUAUUUGCGGAGGGACGAUGGUUAGUCAGGCUUUGUGGGAGAAAUCCAAGAAGUUCAUAAGAAAUGGAGACAUGUAUUGUUCCUAUGGAAUGUCUGAGGUUGGCUUCAUCGCAAGACCGCCGCCAAAGGCAUCUAAACGCUGCGAAGGCUACAUUCUGGCAGGCAUGCAGAUGAAGAUCGUUAGCGACAAUGGCGAGAACCUGGGCGUUGGGGAGCAGGGAGAGAUCUGCAUAAAGUGGCAACACAUGUUCAGAGGCUACUUCGACAAUCCCGAGGCGACGGCCAAAGUGCUGGACGCGGACGGCUGGCUGCACAGCGGCGACAUCGGCUUCUUCGACCAGGACAACCAGCUGCACGUGAUGGGACGCAGCAAGGACCUCAUCGAGUACAACUACUUCAAAAUAACGCCCGGCGAGAUCGAGAACGUGAUCCUCAGCGUUCCCGGCGUUCGCCAGGCCGUCGUUGUCGGCGUUCCCGAUCCCAAGUACGUCGAUCUCCCGGCGGCCGUCGUCAUCCGCAAGGAGGGCUCCUCGGUCACUGAGCAGGACAUCGCGGCGGCCAUCGAGGCGCGUCUCAGCGACCACAAGCGCCUCAGAGGCGGAAUCUACUUCGUGGACAACGUGCCAACCACUCCGUCCGGGAAGGUGAAGAAACAACUGGUGAAGGAAAAUGUCGUGAAGCUCUACCGAGAAAGACAGAACCAGAGCAACAAUUAG